AUGUUGCUGACAUUGAGACCAGAUCAUAAGAAACAUGUGCUAUUUCUUAUAGAGCAAACACCUCAAGUGUUACAGGAUUUUUGCAAACUUGCUUUAGAUUAUUUACAAAAAGGUCCUAACAUGAAAUUGUACUAUGCGGCUGCCCAAAAACUUGAGGUAGAAGUGGAUGUUAUAAAAAAUUCAGUAGAAGGUCUUAUCAACUUAUUAUUAGAAAGUUGUAAUCAUAAGUUAAGUAACGAAGACUUUCGAGAUUCUAUUAUAGCAUUAGGUUUUUCUGAAGAAAAUGAAGCAAUUUUAAGUAAGCUGUAUAUUACAAAGAACAAAGAGAUAUCUAAUAUUUUAUCAGCUACUGGUUUUAAAAUACCAGAAUACCAUGAUCUUGAGUGGCGUUUUGAAGUACAGACUGCUUCAAGAACCCUGUUAAAACAAGUUUCGCCAUUGAUUACGUUAGAUUUAACAUUGAAAAAUAAUGAAAACAUGGAACAUAUUCUACUCCAAACAGAUCCUGUCAAUUUACUACAUAUGGCUCAAGAAUUAGAAGAAGCUUUGAAAGAGGGUUAUAGUCAACACACACGUCAAGUUUCUAGAGUAGCAAAAUAA